AAUAAAAACAUCUGUAUCCGAAAUGGAUACAAAUAGAUACAAUGUUGCAGCCGCUAUAAAUGUCAAAGAAAUAGCGGAGCUCUCUGCAGGGACACUUUUUGCCGGCUGUAGACGGGAUGAAAAAUCGGCCAAUUUUUUUUACCCUUGUGACACUUUUUGCUGGACUGGAAUUCCUCUUAUUUUCAUCCUUCUUCUUCUUCAUUCAUCCUCAUCCUCUCUUCUUCUUCAUCCUUCUCUUCCUCUUCUUCUUCAUCCUCAUCCUCUUCGUCUUCAUCCUCAUCCUCCUCUU